AGGCGUGGAGGGCGCGGAACCUUCGUCACCCGGAGCAGUCCAGGCUCCGGCGCCCUGGCCGCCGGCUUUUGGGUGCAGAGUCUUCGCCGGUGAAUACCGCUUCCGCUCUCCGGGUGUGGCCGCCAGUCGGGUUGCUCUGCUGUGCUCCAUCUCCUUCUCCUAAAGAUGCAUCCUGACUUAUCUCCACACUUGCAUACUGAAGAAUGCAACGUCUUGAUUAACUUGCUUAAGGAAUGUCACAAAAAUCACAGCAUUCUGAAAUUUUUUGGUCAUUGCAAUGAUCUUGAUCGGGAGAUGAGAAAAUGCUUGAAGAAUGAGUACGUGGAAAAGAGGAACAAGAGCAGGGAGCGUGGCAAUGCAAUGCGAAAGAGACUUUUUAAUCCUCCAGAGGAAUCUGAAAAAUAGAUCAUACUUUCAUUGGAUGCCUUGGCUGAGAGAAGACCCAAAGACUCUUGGGUGGUAGUUGAAGGAAUCCCGUUGCAUUUGGUCUUCAGAAUCCUUUGAAAGGAAAGUGACCCAUGAGAAAUCGAGCCUUGGAGAAGUAUGGAAGCCCUGGAUCCAGAAUGUUGGUUGGGCAGAGCUGUUAGUACUCUCUCUCCUCUUCCACUGCACCUGAGACUUCUAACGUGUUUGUUCCCUUUGCCUACGGCCCGUUGACAUUUGAGUAACUUAUCUCCCUCAAUAAAAUCAUUGAUUCUAAUC